UAAUUCGAAAUAUGGAAUUCCCCAGAGUUGGAACCCACUGUACCAUAGACUCCUGCAAACAAAACGAUUUCCUCCCAUUCACCUGCACCCAUUGCUCCUCAAUUUUUUGCAGAAAUCACUUUAAUCCAAUCUCGCAUAAUUGCAAAGAAACUCUAGAUAAUAUUGUCUCGGAGCCUGUGAAAAUCCAGGGUUUCAUGUGCUCCCAAGAAUCAUGCAAAAGCUCUUCUCCAGUUGAGAUUAAUUGUAUUGAAUGUAAAAAACAUUUCUGUCUUGCUCAUCGAUAUCAUGGAUGCUUAGAAAUGAGCCAGAAUGAGACUGCCAAGAAAAUUAAAGAAUGGGAAAAACCUAAGGAACAAUUCAAAGCUGCUAAAAGCGCAGUCGAUGCAGAAAUUGAUGAAAAUUUGAAAAAGGCAAAACGAAUUGAAAUGGCUAACAAGGUACAGCUGAUGAGACUAAAAGGAAGAGCAGUUGGUGCUCAAGGUAUUCCCACAGUCGACCGAAGAUACUUUCUGGUUUAUUUUCCAGUGGCUAUCUGCAAAAAGGAACCAGCACCUGUAUUCACCAGUGUUCGCUGGACAAUCGGCAAAAUAAUCGAUUCCAUCGCUGAAAUUCUCAAAAUUCCAAACUCUAAUAAUUUAGCCAAUACUGCUAAACUCAGGAUAUUUAAUCAUUCAACUGGAGAAGUUCUUGCAGAAAAAAUGGACUUGGGAUUGUCUGAUUUGUUUGAUAACGCACGGUUAAUUAAUGGACAAAGUCUUAUUUUCGAAUAUUCGAAUGAAAAUAAAGUUAAUCCUUGUUUGUAUAAAUAAAUUCGAAAAUAAUUGGAAUUAAAUUAAUUCACAAUGCAAUUUACACUGUUGUAAAUAAAAAUUUUAAAUUAGUACAGCCUUUCAAAAACGACACACCGAUGAUGUACAUACAGGGUAACCGAGAUUAAAGAAUAUUAUUUAAAAAAAAAUAAUAUCUCGCAUUGUAUGCGUUUUCGAUGGAUAAUAAAUGACUGCCUCUAAAAAAUUUCAAGCAAAUCGGAGGUGAGGCCCCUAAUAUACACUUUUACCAAUUAAUCAACAAAUUAAUUUCACCAUUGAUCUUUAUUUUGAAAUCUGACGUGCCAAUUGAAAAAUUUGGAGUCAGACAUUGAUAACUUUAUUGACUACUUUCUGAACAGUACAUAAAGCGCAGAGUGCACUAUCUAAUUACGUCCAAAUAUUCAAUACUCUGUCUAUUUUUAACAACAAGCAAAAACAAAACUUUUGGUAAUUCAACGUUCUUGUGAAUUGUUAACAUGGAAAAAUGGUGCGUCCAAGUAUACAUGGCACUGCCCUUACAAAAUAUAAGUACACUCAUAUAUAUUUAUAAAAGUACAACAUUCAUGAUUCUUAAGGGGAGAUUUUCUUCCUUUAUCUUCAACUAACGGGAUGACAAUGGAUUAUAUAAUCUCUUAAUAACAUUUUCAUGAAUAAAAAUUCGUGCUGGCAGACAUUCUUCGUUAAAGCAUCGUUUCUCCAACUUAUCAUCAAAAACCUAAAUUAUCUUAAUAAUUUUAAUUUACCUAGAGGAAUGGCUUGCUAAUGAUUUUCCUAUUUCUUCUUUAUCUACCUUGUAAUAUAAAUUAUACAAGGGAUAAGUACUUUAACAAACUGGAAGAGUUAUCAAUAAAUAAACUUUUUUAUAUUUCAUCUGUUAUCAAGAUUCGUCCUCAAUUACAUUGAAUAACCAUUCGCUUAAAUAUUUUCAGUUAUUCAUUUAAAUUUAAUGAAAUUUGAAUUUGUUCCUCAUUUUUAACAAAUCAUAAACUCUAUAAAAAUUUUUAUAUUCUAUUAAACAAUUAAUUGGUUAAAUUUUAAACAAAAAAAUCAUUCUUUGGAUAUAAAGCUGAAUUUUCCCUCGGAAUUGAUGACAAGUUAAAAAAA